AAAGCAGCCCUGCAUGGAGCGCCAUUGCUGUGCUAAAAAAUAAGAAGACGUAAUUGUUGUUUCUUUAUUUGAAGUGUGGUUGUCAUCAGCAACUUUGUGGGCGGGCGGGCGAUCGCGACUUCAGCUGACAUUUGAAACCUGUUUGCUGACAACUUCGACGCCAUGCUCCCCGUUUUCCUGCUCUUAUUUGGCUGCAUGUGGGGGUCUCACCUCAAGGAGGCCUCAGCAGUUCUCCUGGGCGUCGAGAAUGAGCAUUUUUGUUUCGGUGGUCUCCAGGUGCUAUACCCAGAGCUGACCGUUGAUAGAUGCAUGGUUGUUCCAGACGACGACAAGAAACUUAGAGAGAAGCUCACCAUUGAGUGGCAAACUCCAAUUAUUCGCUACCCUGCAGCGGUAGAGGGUGAGAAGUACCUUCUGAUGAUGGUUGAUCCUGACGCUCCAAGUCACGCUUCACCGACUAUGGCUCACUGGAGGCACUGGUUGGUCACAGAUGUUGAGGGAAGUUCACUGAAGAAUGGAGACUUAAGAGGGCGCACAAUCACUGACUACGCUCCUCCAAGUCCACCACAGCAUAGCGGUCUUCACCGCUACCAGUUCCUGUUGUUCAAGCAGUCGCAGGACGUGCCGCCCCUCGGCUCGCAGACGUCAAGAGGUCAAUGGGAUGUGGAGUCCUUCGUCUCUGCUCACGCUCUGGGAUCUCCCGUGGCCAGCGUGCAGUUUCUCACGCAAAACUACCGAGACUAAAGAUCUCCUGAAAGUUGGAAUUAAUUACAAAUGCACAAUUGUUUUGCCGCUUAUCACAUCUGUUUAUCCGAAUGUAUUGUUUCCUCUUUGUGUUUUCCCUCUUGCAUGCAUUUCGAUGAUCGCAUGACGCUGUCGCGUGAGAUUUUAGGAGAAAAUGGGGGGGGGGGCGGGGGAUUUCUUAUUAGUUUCCGAACUCUGUCGACGAGAAAAGGAAAAGGGCCUCUGAUAUCGCGAGCCGGUGUGGAAAGAGUCGCUUCUAAAUCAGGGGCGGAAACACGUCAGGGCCCAAAAUAGGAAGUAGGAGGUGAAACUGAGACCGCAGCACAACCGGAUGCUGCAGUGGAACUAAAAAGUGACAUGAUGGCAAGGUGGGGGGCGGGGGGGCUUUGUGAUUUACAAUUUAUUCGGUGAAGGGGACUUACCGUGCGUUGUGUUUUUGUUUGCAUUUUUCCACUGAGCCGUCAGCUCAAUUGGAAACAACUUCCAGAGAAAAUCUCGUCCGUCCAAACACGUCCUUGACUUUGACUCCAUGAACCCGUUUUGAACUUUGGAGACUUGCAUAAGAGACCCACCUGCCAGGUCAACUUUUCAACCCUUCCGCUCGCGGAUGCUUUUUCCGACUUCUUUGUAGCGGGCGGGUCGGAGUAAAGUAUUGGUUUCUAACCAGCACCUCUCCUCUGGGAUGGGCUUGUAUCAAUAGCCCAGAUUUCUGAAUCUCCAUCAAGGACUUUGAUGUUGUGGUGAUCAAUCCUUUGAUUAACCCCAAGUUUGGUGUCUCCUCAGUGGUCCAGGCAGGAGUAGGUAAUGUCUUUGGUGGAUAAGACAGCCUUGGUAAAGCCCCAGCGUGCCCUUCUGAUGAACCCUCCGAGAUCAUUGAUCAAUUUUGUUUGCUUCCUGGUCCAAAGCCUCGCAAACAAAACAACUCUUUAGUAUCCAUCACGUGGAACGUCGCUCUCCACCUUGAUGUUACCUAUCAAAUAUUAUUACAGUUGGCACGCAGGCUGUAAAUCCACACACUCAUUGUGUAACGUGCCAAGUGGAAGAGAAUCAUCACGCCCCCCCUAAAAAAAACCCCACCUACUUGGAAUGCAUCAGCAAUCCAGCCCUUUGCCAAGAUUUUGACUUGAAAAAUCAAAACAGCGCUUUUGCUUCCAUUCAUAUGUGGGCGCCCGGGUUGCCAGAAACAACUGGAUUUGUCCCUUUUUUAAUUUGACUCUGAACGUCAAGCGCAUUGACAGCUGUCACUCGCCGACCCCGGAGAAUAUUGCAAAUGUAUUCAAUACCAUCUUAAUGUAUUCAAAUGAAUGAGUUUAAUCAAUUCCGUUGCCUAACCGAGAGCAAAAGUGAUCUAAUAAACGCAACCACUUUUCUCCCUGGCUUGAUUUCACUGGAGGAUUGGAAACAUAAAUGGCACGCGAACACGCUUUAUUGUGACGCCGUUGUCUCGCUGAGCAAUGACCUGUAUCGACGGCAGCGUUGCCUUCGAGGGAAAGUCACCAACGCAUCUUUGCUUUAAUCAACAUUAAACACUGCAUCAUGCAACUUGGACUUGUUCUGUCAUCCAAACUCACCUUGAGGCAUGAAAAAAGUCCAAAUAACGUGGCAUUAUCGAUGUUCCACUUUGAGCCUUCCUUCCGCCAUUUGACUAUACGGGCCUGGCUUUUCCAUGAGCUGGAUUGGAUGGCCGUGUGACGCUGUGUUGGAAAGAGGCUUUAGCGCAGGUACAAGCUCAGGUGUUUCCAAGCAAGCAAGCAAGCAAGCCAUCCCUCGGGCUCUCCCAUCUGCCUGCGCUGGAUGUUUAUCAUGGACUAAGAGCUUUGUCUUUGGCUCUCAUUGGUUUGCAUUGAUAAACGCUAUCUAUCAGGUUUCCUCAAAUAGUGGCUCCCACUCGAAACGUGGUCCACUUGAACAAAUAAACACCUCUCCCCAAAUAGAUGCUUCCUCUUAGGGGGAGAAAAAAAAAAGCGCAAAAAGGAGCUGAGUCUAUGUGAACAUUGCGGCUAAGAAAAACAGCAGCACCAAACAGACUCCGAUGAAUAGAGUUGUCGAUACAGAGAUGAUUUUAUUUAAAUGAUGUAAAGACCGCAGUCAUGUUUCAUCUGUGCUAAUUCAAUAAGAUCAAUAGACGUCAAUAACCCCGUAACUGAAUCACGGUUUAUUUUGCUGAUUCGAGUAUCCAGCCUGGGCCAGGGAAGAUGCUGCUCGUCCACUCGCUGGUGCAACUGGUAAUCCUAACACACACACACCACUGCCACAGUUUGUGCAAGCCCCCCCAAAACACAGAGCGUGACUCAGACCAACCUCCACGCUUUUUACACACUUCAAUGAGAAGCUAUUAUUAAAAUCUCGGGUCGGAAUAUUCGCAUUUCUUUGUUAUUCCUCUGGUUGGUAUUUGGUGCAUUUGUGCGUGUAAUGUUCCAUCUCAAGUUUAAAAUUAAAUAUAUCACUCACACUAUUGCAAGUUGACAUAUACUGUUUAUUAACCAAAAAAAAAAAGAGAAGUUAUUGUGGUAUUUUUAACUUGUUUCCUUCCCACAACUUUGCUUGGCAAAAAGCAGCGCCGUGACGUUGAGUCUACCGUCAUCUCGUCUGCGGCUUUAGAUCACUUUUCCACUACUACGACUUCACCCGGAACUUGCCCAUAUUGGGCAGGGAGGGGGCGUGACCGGACGGCUCCUUUUUUGGAGUUUCCACGUUGUGAUGGUCACGUGGGCCGACACCUAACCCCGGCGGCUCCCUUGCUACAAUGUUGACAAAAUGUGCGUCAGCUGACGCUGUCCGUGCAUGUUGCCUGCUGCUUUUUCUUGCGAUACGCUCCAUUUACAUAGUGUCCAAAAAGUUUCUAGUCCUUGGAAGAAGAAGAAGAAAUCCAUGCGAUUGUGAUCUUCUACUAAUUGAAUGCCGAGGUCCAUUUCGGCAACUUGACAGGAGCCAAAACUUGAUAAUUACCUUAUUUAAAAAUAUAUAAAUAGAAGAAGGACACGGGAGAUAUUUUGUGAGGGGAGAGGUUUGUGCAAGUUUAAAAACAAAAAAAAUCAAGUCGAUUCCGGCAUCGGUAGUCUUUUCGAAAUUUGACAAGAAGACCGAGUGACAUCACGUAAACUGCAGGCAGCAUUGAAACCGGCAACCUCAUCACCGUCCGCCCCGUUACGUUACCUCCCGUUACCAUUGCCUUCUUCCACUUGCAGUUUCCACGGGGCUGUCCGGGCGACGCGCGGGGAGCCUGGGAAGCCGAGCUCUCUGUCCUUAUAUGGGCAUCUACGUCACGCCAAGGUUCCAGCCCACUAUUAAUGCCGCCCGCCCAUCACACUGAAGUCUCCCCAGCCAGCCAGCCAGUCAGUCAGUCAGCCAGCUCCAAUAGAGCAAGUACACCACCGCGACUCUUUUUUUUUUUGCACAGUCCACUGGAACCACAAGCAGCCCACAAAAGGCAUCCACGCCGGUCCCGAGUCAUAACAAAAUAGUCCAUGCACGGAAGCGUCGACGCAUCGGGCGGGGAGGAGAUCAACUAAGCAUCAACAAGAUCAACUUCGGAACGCACCAGGAGCCGCCGCCGCUGCCGGAGUCGGAGCCCGACUCCUCGCACCUGACUCCCGGAGGGGGAUACCCAUACGACGGCCCCCUCCCACAUCCAUGUCGGAGUGACUCUUAGUGCUAUGACCGGGAAAGUGGCGGACAAGCUUCCUCUUACCAUGAGCAGUCUAAUAAACAGCAUCCCCGACAGCCUGUACCCAGAAGAGGACGUCCCCACCUCCAUGAACAUUUUCACCAGCACGGAAUCUAUUAACCACUACUCGCAGAUGAACGCGGCGGAUAAUAUCAUGGAUAUAGGCAUGGGAGGCGAGAAAGGCGGUGGAGAGAUUCAGUACGGCUCCAGCUUCCAGUCCAACCGCAGCGGGCAGACCGUCACCUACCUGGGCAAGUUCGCCUUCGACACGCCUCCCUCGGGCGGCAUCGGCGGCUCGGGCUGGUGCUCCGACAACAACAUCAUCAGCCUGGUCAGCGCGGGGAUCCUCGGCGUCUCUCCGUCGUCGGGCACGGUAAGCGCCCAGACGCCGUCCUCGGCGGGCGGCAUGGGAGGACAGAACUCGGACAUGGAGCAGGUUUACGGGCCGCCGCUGCCCGCCUACUCCACCUGCGGCGACCUGUACCAGGACCAGGUGUCCUUCCACCACAGUCCCGCCGGCGGCACGGCCCUGGCGUACCCCGCCAAUGACUACCACGCCACGUCCAAAGGCUCCAUGGACGGCAGCCUCUUCUCCAUGAUCCCCGACUACAACCUCUUCCAUCACCAGGGGGAGGUCAGCGUGAUGGAGCACAAGCCCUUCCAGACUAUGGACCCCAUCCGGGUCAACCCUCCGCCCAUCACCCCUCUGGAAACCAUCCGAGCGUUCAAAGACAAGCAGCAAAUCCACCCGGGUUUCAUCGGCGGCGGCGGCGGCGGCCAGCAGCACGCUCCUUCCCACCACCCUCCCCCGCAAACUCUGACGCUCAAACCCAUCCGGCCGCGCAAAUACCCCAACCGGCCCAGCAAAACGCCCGUCCACGAACGUCCGCACGCCUGCCCGGCGGAGAACUGCGACCGGCGCUUCUCGCGUUCGGACGAGCUGACGCGCCACCUGCGCAUCCACACGGGCCACAAGCCCUUCCAGUGUCGGAUAUGCAUGCGCUCGUUCAGCCGCAGCGACCACCUGACCACGCACAUCCGCACGCACACCGGCGAGAAACCCUUCUCCUGCGAGUUCUGCGGACGCAAGUUCGCCCGCAGCGACGAGAGAAAGCGACACGCCAAGGUUCACCUGAAACAGAAGGACAAGAAAGCGGCCGACAAGGGCAACGGAGUGCUCGGGAGCCACAGUUCCCCGCCCGGCUCCUGCGGAGGCCCCACCAUGGGGCCCUCGUGACCAUCGCUCCCUGCUCACGGACCCGUCUGACCCUUACAUCCACUGGGGGCAACAGGGCCGCCGGGCCCGGGAUAAGAAACGCUACGGGUGACUCUCGCUCGCAUCCUCUCCUGUUUUGAGAUGGGGGGAGAGGAGGGGAGGGGAGGAGGCUGCGCCGCCAACCUGAGCGGAGAAUCUUCGUCCAUUCCGCCCAAAAAGCCAUGGAGCAUCCACGCCCUCUGCCCCCGGUUGCCCUUUUGUACAUUUCUUAAGCGAGAGCAAGCCAGAAUCGAUCGCAGCUAUCCAAAUGGACAAAGUAAAUAUUAAGAGAGGAGGAGCAAAGUGAAAGGGUGAGGCAUUCCUUUUCCUCGGCUGUGAAAAAGUGCAAUUGGUUGUGUUUGUGUGCUGUCAUGGACACCUUAGUAGUGGCACUCGUCUUCUUUUUUUUUUCUGUUUCAUUUGAUUUUUGUUACCGUGUGGUUUUUUUAUUCUAUUUGAAUGUUGUUUUCUCCGAUGAAUGUGCCAAAUGUAUUGUAGUAACUCAGCCGACCUUGUUUU